GGCCGAGCCGCCUGAAGUGGCCCCCACCACCCCCACCUGGGAGUUCGAAGGAGCCUGAGGUACUACAGUUCAGAGGGUGAGCGGCGCUUUGACGUCUCGUCCUCCUUGCUGCUUGUUUGCACUGGGUCUCUUUGAAAAUCUCAUUGCAGCGUUGCAGCGCUGAAGGGGCGCAAUGGCGUGUGAGGUGAGCAUGGCGUCUGCUGACGGGCAAGGAAUCGCACGCUCUCUCGCCAAACUUGAGGCCGAGAUGACACAGGGGCACAUUGACAGGAAGCUGCGCCGUCUGGUCAGUAAGCUAGGAGGGUGGUGCCGCCUGCUCUUCCCAUCAGUGCAGAUGUGUGCGCCAACAGGACAUGAACACGUAUCGCACCACCUACGCGGAUAUGACGCAUGGGGUGGGUAACCGAUCAAUGCCGCAGCGAGAGAGAGGACAGACAGGACCGCUGCACGGCUGCACAUCUGCCUGUUUGUUUGUCUGAUGUGCAUGUGGGCGCACCGUGCAGCUGGAGACGAGUAUCAAGAGCGACUACCCCAGCGGUUAUGGAGGUCAUGUGCCCAACCUGCGCCACCAAGUGCUGUUCCGCAACACCAAAUUCGAUGACGACCUGCUCACCAGGAGACACGAGUUCCGCGACGCCUUGCCGGACUUCACGGCCAACAAACUGGGGUUGGGGGAAGGGCCACGCACUCACAUGCAUUGCACACACUCAGACUUUUCUCCUUUUCACGCCCUGUCUGUCUGUCAGACUCCCGUACUACACCGCAAACCCCAGGGUGCCGACGGACGUCAACACGUUCGGGACCAAGAUGAAGGAGAAUCCGCUGAUAAGUCCCCCCUGGUGCAUCCAGGCACUGCCCCAGCUGCAGAAGCCGCCCACCUUCAGGAACGCACAAGAGGUGUGCCAGCAGCAAAGGGGGAUGCACACAGACAGAUCAGGUGUUGGUUGCUUUUUUUUCCAUUGAUGCCUGCGUCAGCUGGCGCGUAACCUUCGUGAGAGGCAGCAUGAGAAGGCUGAGAAGGAGAAGACACAGACGACGCUCAAGGCCACCAAGGCAAGUACUGGGGAGGGGCCCAAGGAGGGCGAGCAGAUCGUGGCGCCGCGCGAUACAGCUGAAAUCAAACCCUCAGAGGAGACAGAACAUGUGCUCAAGGUAUUUUCCGACGACAGCACACCGGCCACUUGAUAUCCAUUGCAGUGUACACGCCCAUGUCUCCCUCCCUUCAAUCUCUGCAGGAGGCUGUUGCAGGUGGUGGCGAAGCCAAGGCAGCUGAGGCGGCAGACAAGGCGCCAGAGGAGCAGAAGGAAGCGCCACCUGCUGAGCAACAGAAGGAAGCACCCAAAGAGGAAGAGGUCGUUGUUGGAGAAGACGCUCAGGACCAGCUCAUCGUCUCACAGCGACCAGGUACACGCCUUCUGUGAGUGCGUCUUCUUGCGGACGUGUCUGCUUUCAUACAUUUUGUUACAUACGUACGUACGAACAUGUCUGUGCAUUACAAACAGCGAUGCCUGUUGGCAGUGGAGCUUACUACAGGGAGCCUGUGAGAGGACCGUCUGAGACACGUCUGCACAAGGUGCUGACUACUUAUGAGGCUGCCCACCUCAUCAACAACCCAAAGGCAUCGCAAAAACCCGUACGUGCAGCCUGCACCGCACCCUAGUUUCCUAAACCCACAAAGAGGCAGGCAAUGGAGAGAAGGAUGGAUGGAUGGGUUUCUGUGGUGUGAAUGGAUGUAUGUGUGUGUGUGUACAGGUGGCGCCCAGGGUUGAUCACCACAAGACGCACUUCGAAUAAAUGACCGAGCUGUGUGCACUGGAUGGGAUGAUUGAAUCAGUGAGCAGUGACGUCUGUCUGCACAUACAAACAGGACCAUCGCAGAUGGACCAUCCAUUGAUCGAUCAACACUGUGUGUAAGGCUUUAAUUGCAAUG